GCAGCUGAUUGGAGCUGCUCGAUGACAAGAUUUGGGAGCUGUUCCGGUAGAAAAGCUACAAGUGUAAAUUAAUUUGGUGUAAUUGGUGCAAUCAGUGCUACUGGGAAGCUUAGCUCUCCAAACUCCGACCCAUUCCAUUCAUCACGCGCAAUAUUUUGCUUCAUUGGCGUUCAGCAGCGUGUUAAAGUAACGAGAAUUUUUAGUUCGGAAGAAAAGCAAAACGUGCCGUACUAAGAUUCAAAGUAACAGUGAUCAUCGAAGGGUGUGAAAGUGAUUUGUGUGGCGCAAGAACCAAAAAAUAUGGAUCGCGAUAAGCUCAAGUGCAUUAUUUGUCGAGAGUUACCGGAAGGGGAAGUAUUCCAGUGCAGCAAUCAACACUACGGAUGUCAACCAUGCGUUGAAUCGUUGAACGUUAAGCUAUGCCAGUGCUCUGAAUACUUUGAUCGCAAACGACCUAAUCCGAUAGAUGAGCUGCUACAGGAAGCCAAAAUCGCAUGUCCUUUCAAAAAAUUCGGUUGCACGUGGAUGUUCAAACAAGCGGAAAUGAGCCACCACCAGGAAGAAUGUAAAUUCCGCCCAUAUGAAUGUAUCACCAAAAAACUUGGUCUCUUUAGAUGCCAAUGGAACGGUUUCCAAAUGGACAUCGAAGAGCAUUUGAAGAACGAUCAUGCUGAAUUCGGUUCUGCUUUUACCUAUUUCCAAGAAUUGGAUAUCCCAUUUAACGAAAGUAAAAGCACUUGCAGUUUGAAAGUCGUAGACGCUUUCAGCAAGCUAUUUUUGUUCCACUACUCGCUGAAAGUUUCCACAAAGAUGGUUUACUUUAUGAUCAUAUAUUUCGGUCGGCGAGAAGAAGCGCAGCAAUAUUUCUACGAGCUUGAAAUCAGGUCCAAACAAGAGAACGAAAUUCGUCGCAUCAAGUUCGUAGAAAAUUGCGUUGCUGAUUGCGAGGAUAUUCAAGGCGCUCUCCAAGCAUCAAAAUGCGCUGCUAUACAAUUUGAUGCGGCCCGCAACUUCUGCCAUGAGGGCAAAAUUCAUGUGCGUUUCAUACUGAAAAAGUUUCAGAAUGAACAGGAGAAAUCUGGUCGUGAGAGAAAACUUUCUACAAACAACACCAAUCAUGAUUCUAAACCGAAAACAAAACCAACACCUUUCAAAUUUCCGGAUAAAGGAUCAAUGAAGCCAAAUGUUAAGAGAACAGGGUCUAACGUGACACCAGCUCCGAAUAACAAAGGACCCGAAAAAAAACCUAACAGCAAACCAGAGGAUCUUCCAUCAAUACAAAGGCAGUCGACUUCGGAUAGAAAAAUCACAAACGCUGAUGAUCCUCCUGUAGCCUACGACUACUCAUCGUCCAUCAACAAGGUUGGGGUCAGUGGCCAGGAUUCACCGCUGCUUCACCAGGAGCCGUGUCCCCUGAUGUCCCCGUCGAUCAAUCGCCACAAUGCGCGAGGCCAUCGGCCGCCAUCUUAUUGUACCCUGACAAGUACCGAAUUCUGCCAAUCGAUCGGUGAAAACGCUCACGUGGCUAAUAGACCACCACCUGGGGAGUGCAAGACAACCGCUACCCUGUGCCAACGAUAUACUCAACCCUACAAGAUGACCGACGAUCGACUUUAUCUGCAACGGCAUCCUUUGGAUUGCCUCGGAAAGCCUGUGUUAAGACGAUAACGUAAACCUGGGAUCAACAGCACGCAUGGAGUA